CAAGCAGCAGCUUUUCUUGCCCAGCGCGACGCCACAGCCAUGCAGAUUGCUGUGAAGCUGCCAGGGAGGACCUGGCUAUGGUGGGGCUCAAUGGUCGCCAUCGCGUUUUUGAACCUCCUCCUCUUCAGGCAUGUAAAUCGGUCCAAGCGAGCGCGUGAUGUUGAACACAAGCGCUACCAGCGGGUGCUGAAGAUGCUUUGCCUACCCUUCCUCUUCGAGUGUGCUUGGCGGAGUGUUUUCCCGUGCCUCUACAACGAGCGGCAGGUGCUUUUUGACACACCGCUGAAUGCAAUCCUAUUGGAUCGGAGUCUUGCUGCAGUGGGUGAAGUUUGCUGGGUGCUCCAGAUUUGCCUCAUCCUCGAGCAGCUUGCCACUGACUUGAAGAUGCACUCAGCGCGGCCGUGUUUGGGGAAGUGCGUUGUGGAGUGCUGCAGCAUUCUCAUGGCGCUUCUCGCUCUGUGUGGAGAGACCUGCUCCUUCCUAGGCACCUUCACCACCAACGUGUGGUAUGAGGUGCUGGAGGCCAGUUGCUGGUGCCUCCUCUUCGCCCUGGGCUCUUUGGCGGCGGCGAGCCUUCUGUGUCCCAUGAGCCGAUUCCGGGCGCCCGCCUGCAAGCGGUUCCUGGCUGUGCUCUGCCUCCAGGGCUUUAUCUACUGCCCUUACAUGAUCCUCUCCAACAUACCCAUGUACUACCAGAGGUGGCAGAAGGAUGAAGCGGCGCAUCGUCAAUAUUUGCAUCUUUGGCCUGGCAUCAGAGACGCUGCCCAACACCGGGAGCCUCAGACCGAAUGGCGCUAUUGGCAGAAUGACUGGCUUUGGAUGUCUGUUUACUUCUCCUUGGCUGUGUGGAGCAGCAUCCUCAUGAUGUACGCACCUCGGAUUCCGAAUGACGAUGCUGUACGCCAACACUUGGAAAUUGGGCAGUCGACAUAAGCCAAAUACACGUGUCUCAAUGA